AUGGAGCUCGAUGCUAUCUCUCCUCAUUCUGCCCAGUAUGAGAAAGCAAGACCUCAAGACGGAAACGAUCUAACACAGACAACACAAAUCCGACUUCACGAAAGGCCUAACAACGCAUUCGAUCAGACCAUGGAGCCGAAUGAAUUGGGACAAGCACAAACCCAACCUUCAGGUCUAUACCCAAAGGAUAGUCAUAAAACAUCCCAAGAAUCGUCUUCCCAAACAGAAGUGUCCCGGUUCAUCCCUCUAAGUAAUUAUCCUGCCGAGUCUCCCAUUUUCGAGCACCGUGCAACUUCUGGCGGUGUCAACUUGUGCAACGAUGUUGAAGGACGUCCUCCAAGAAGUCUUGGGCACAUCCUGGACCCUGCCUCGCACUAUGGAAAGCUAGAGAGACUCGAGGUAGAUACGGCGGAUAUGUGUGGCAUGGGCUCCGGCCCUGACCUAGAGGAACUUUGUGAGAGUGAGUAUAUAAAUAUGAUCAAUAAUUCAGCCGAUGCAGUUCGUCGUCUAAGAUCAGAAGGACUCUGUGGGGAUCAAUUUUCCAUACUUGUCGAGACCUCCCCUUGCUCUAAUAUUGCCAAGGUGAUUCACGUCUCUCUGCAUGACAUCGAACUAUUGACAUCCUCCUGUUCCCAGGGCUCUCUGGGAGAGACACUCACCAGAGUUCUUUCCAUCGGUCUUGUCUCUUUUUCUGGAUCCCAUGUUUGCGCAUUUGAUGUCAACCUAUGGGGACGCUCACUGGAAAGUAUCUAUGUUGGAUUUGGAUAUUCCUACCGACCACGCAAGCUGGCAUGCCUUGAUAAAUAUCUUAAAGGUCCCUGUUGGGUUCUAGGGACUACAGGGGACGGUUUUAAUGAAGGGAGUCUCAAAAUAUCAUUGAGGCUUCAGGAUCUUCAAGAACUUUGGGGCCCCGUCCAGCUUGUUGGAGGAACUCCCAUGAAGGCGCCACUUCUGCGAACUCAAAGGGGGUUCAUUGUUCCUCUUCCCAAAGAGUACCAAAGUUCGCCGCAUGGAAUAAAUUGCCAUUGGACUGAAGAUGUCCCAGACUACGUGGAAGAACAAGACCAUAUCUGGCUGGACAAUACGUCGCUCAUUAUAAUUGGAACCGAUACGAAAUCUCACGCGGUGAUCACUGUCAAUCCACGAUGCAAAUCAAAAAUCCCUCGGGUAGAGGAAAGGGUGUCCUACAAUUUUGGAUAUCUUGGUACGCGCAAGAACUACAGUACAAUGGAAGGUUAUAACGUUUCGGCUGGUAUGGGCUACGGUGGAUCCGGUGUUGGCGUCAGCCAGACGUUCAGACGCCGUAAUGAAGUCACGUUGAAAGACAACAUCAUAUGGCAAUUCCAACAGUCCUAUCCCGAUUUUGAGGAAUUUCUUCACCUUCAGGUCGGGCUCGAAAUCAGCCUUUGCACUGGCAAUGCUCGCAGACUAUACGACUUUAUCAUAUCGAAAGGCGAGGCAUUGAUCCAGCGGGAUGUGAACAUUCAAUUGCAGAUCCAGAAUGCGCCCGAUCAUGCUGGCUCCGGGAAUAUCGUGAUACAUUGA